AUGUGGUACGCAGUGGCUAUCACUCCCUUCGAACCCCAACCCCUUGCUCCAAUCCCUUCCGCAGAUGCACCAUUUGUACUUUGGGAUGUUGUGUUAGACUUGUUGGACUAUCCUGAGUUCUACAACACCCAAAUGGAUGGGCACCAGGUAACACAAGACUCAGACUUCUGGUAUGGUCUAAUUGAAGUAAAUUUCCAAACUGUUGGUGGAGUUUUCUCCAAAGCCAAUCACAAUGAAAUCCGUCUGAGGCUGACUCAAGGCGAGUCAACACUUGGAGCUAUAGCUGAGACAGAGGGGGAAUCCUCAACUGGAUCCAAUGCUAUCAUUUGCUCUCAACUUGGAGCAGCCGUGACAACAAACGAGAAGGGAACUGAUGGACAACGUGCUGCUCAGCCUCCGUCAUCUGUUGGGGUCGUCAACACAUCUUCAGAGGGGAGCGAGAGCGAGGGUCGGUUCUGA